AGAUUUUCAACUUAUUUACAUAUUGGCUUUAUUUUUGUUUAUCUUAGCUGUGUUGGAGUAGAAGAACAUCAUGCUGUUGACAUUGACCUGUAUCACUGUCCCAACUGUGCAGUUCUACAUGGUUCCUCCUUGAUGAAAAAGAGGAGGAACUGGCACAGGCACGACUACACAGAAAUUGAUGAUGGUUCCAAACCAGUGCAAGCUGGAACAAGAACUUUUGUUAAGGAAUUACGUUCUCGAGUCUUCCCAAGUGCCGAUGAAAUCAUUGUAAAGAUGCAUGGCAGCCAGCUGACACAAAGAUAUCUGGAGAAGCAUGGAUUUGAAGUCCCUAUUAUGGUCCCCAAAUUAGAUGAUCUGGGACUCAGGCUCCCUCCACCUACUUUUUCUGUUAUGGAUGUGGAACGUUAUGUAGGUGGUGACAAAGUGAUAGAUGUCAUUGAUGUGGCAAGGCAGGCAGACAGCAAAAUGACACUUCACAAUUACGUUAAAUACUUCACGAAUCCUAACAGACCGAAAGUGUUAAAUGUGAUCAGCCUUGAAUUUUCAGAUACAAAGAUGUCUGAAUUGGUGGAGGUCCCUGAGGUAGCCAGAAAACUUUCCUGGGUGGAAAAUUAUUGGCCAGAUGAUUCAGUCUUUCCCAAGCCAUUUGUUCAGAAAUACUGCUUAAUGGGAGUUCAAGACAGCUACACAGAUUUCCACAUUGACUUUGGUGGAACUUCAGUUUGGUACCAUGUCCUCUGGGGUGAGAAGAUUUUUUAUUUAAUAAAGCCAACAGAUGAAAAUUUGGCACUCUAUGAAUCCUGGAGUUCAUCUGUGACCCAGAGUGAGGUGUUCUUUGGAGAUAAGGUGGAUAAAUGCUACAAGUGUGUGGUAAAGCAGGGACAUACCUUGUUUGUUCCUACAGGGUGGAUUCAUGCUGUGCUCACUUCUCAGGACUGUAUGGCUUUCGGGGGGAACUUUCUGCACAACCUUAACAUUGGCAUGCAACUCAGGUGUUAUGAGAUGGAAAAAAGGCUGAAAACACCAGAUCUUUUCAAAUUCCCGUUCUUUGAAGCCAUAUGUUGGUUUGUAGCCAAAAACUUGCUGGAAACCCUGAAAGAACUGAGAGAAGAUGGUUUUCAGCCUCAAACUUACCUAGUACAGGGAGUGAAAGCACUGCAUACUGCUUUAAAAUUAUGGAUGAAAAAAGAACUUGUAUCUGAACAUGCCUUUGAAAUUCCAGACAAUGUUAGACCUGGACAUCUUAUUAAAGAACUUUCUAAAGUAAUUCGAGCAAUAGAGGAGGAGAAUGGCAAACCAGUUAAAUCUCAGGGAAUUCCUACUGCGUGUCCAGUUUCACGAUCCUCAAAUGAAGCAACUUCCCCAUACCAUUCCCGACGAAGGAUGAGGAAACUUCGAGAUCAUAGUGUCCGCACUCCUUCCAAUCUAGACAUUCUAGAGCUCCACACAAGGGAAGUCCUCAGAAGACUAGAGAUGUGUCCGUGGGAAGAGGAUAUCUUGAGCUCUAAACUCAAUGGAAAAUUCAACAAACAUCUCCAGCCAUCUUCCACAGUACCUGAAUGGAGGGCGAAAGAUAAUGACCUACGAUUACUGCUGACAAAUGGAAGGAUAAUUAAAGAUGAGAGACAGCCCUUCGCAGAUCAAAGUCUUUAUACAGCAGAUAGUGAAAACGAAGAGGAUAAGAGAAGGACAAAAAAGGCAAAAAUGAAAAUAGAAGAGAUUUCACGAAUAGAGGGGAUGGAGAAUGAAGAAUCUCAAAAACCACUUAAGAGGUUUUUUACAAGUGUAAAAUCAGAACUCAGGAAUCGAUCAUCAGAAUAUUCUGAUAUUUCUGAUUCAGAAGACUCGGGACCUGAUUGCGCUGCACUGAAAAAUAAUUUUACCACUGAAGAGUCUGAAAGUUCAGGUGAUGAAAAGAAACAAGAAAUAACGUCAAACUUUAUGGAGGAAUCUAAUGUGAUGAGGAGCUUCCUUCAAAAGAGCCAGAAGCCGUCUAGAAGUGAAAUUCCAGUUAAAAGGGAGUGUCCUACCUCGACGAGCACAGAGGAAGAAGCUAUUCAGGGCAUGCUGUCCAUGGCAGGGUUGCACUAUUCCCCAUGUUUACAGAGGCAGAUACAAAGCACAGACUGCAGUGGUGAAGGAAACUCCCUCCAGGAUCCCAGCAGCUGCCACAGUAGUAACCAUGAAGUUAGGCAGUUGUAUCGUUACGAUAAACCAGUGGAAUGUGGAUACCAUGUCAAGACUGAAGAUCAAGACUUGAGGAGUUCUUCCUGGGUUAAACAAUUCGAUACAACUUCCAGAUUUAAUCUUCAGGAUCUAAGUAGAGGCCAGAAAUGCAUCAAAAAGGAAGGUUCAUCAGAAAUCAGUCAGAAGGUACAAAGUAGGAAUUCUGUGGACAGCAGUGGCUCAAGCCCUCAGAAUGGAAAGUAUACGCAGAAUUCAAGCUUGAUUUCAGGGGCAUGCCAGAUCAGUAAUGGCAGUAUAAGCCCAGAAAGGCCAGUUGGUGAAACUUCCUUUUCAGUGCCCCUUCACCCCACCAAGAGACCUGCGUCAAAUCCGCCACCUAUCAGCAACCAAGCAACGAAAGGUAAACGUCCAAAAAAAGGAAUGGCAACAGCCAAGCAACGUCUUGGGAAGAUCCUUAAGUUGAACAGAAAUGGCCAUGCACGUUUCUUUGUGUGAUGGAGCUGCUGCUGUGGCCACUCUUCCCUUUGGAGACCAGUCUUGGGGGUGCAGGAGCCUGGAGCUUCCGCUGUGCCCCCGCCUGAAGCAGUCUGCAUGUACAGUAGUGAACACUGCCUGAAGAACAACGUGAACCGAUGCUGCAUUUUCACUGUGCCACACCCACUCAGCAAUAACCGUUUGGACCUGGUGGGGGGAGAGGAAGAAGGAGGUUAGAACCUUAAAAAGAGACCUUGAACUGGAAAGGGUCUCUUGUCAGGGCUUGAAUUUCAUUUUGUUGUUGGUAGUGUCUUGAUUUAUUUUCAGUGGUAGGGUAAAGAAUUAUCAAUAAUUUAUUUAACAGAUUUUUUUUUUAAAGUUAACAGCUUUUAAAUUCUUUCUUUUUUAAGCUAUUUAUUUGGAAGAUUUCUGGAGAAAUAUCUCACUAAUUUAGAUUUAAGAAUGUGAAGGUUUUUAAAUUAUUUUUGAUAGUGUGUGUGUUACAUGUGGGGAAGAGCCACGGUAACAGUAACUAGUCUGGACUCUUAAAUUUGAUAUUCAGGUUAAAGUCUUAAACAGGGAUUUGAUGCAUUAAUUAUUUUAAAUUAAGAUGUAUAUGAAAAUCAUUUUAUUUUAUAUAUUUCAUGUGUUUUUUAUAAGCUAUUAGCUUCGCUUUUGCUAACAUCCAAGGUGCAUACUGUUACCCAGGUUGGUUGAUUACCUUAUACCCCCCCCGCCUCUGCACUCCCCAGCAUUUUGUGACGACACAACAAGACUCUUCUCUUUGCAGGGAAACACUUUCGUAGCCAAUAUGUAGGAACUACAUAAAGAUCCCACAUUUCUCAUUUCAUUUGACAUUGCAGUUUUCUUCUAAAUAUAACAAUAGGCUUCUUGCUUUUCAUUUUUUGCUGAUAUCUGGGUCCCAAAGAGAACAGCUUUAAUAUCUUUUUCCUACUUGUGGGAAAAGUAUUAUAAGUUUGGUUAAGUUGUCAUGUUUGUAGUUUUUCAAAUACAUUUGUAACUACAGAGGGCCUUCUUCAUACUGCUGGUGUUGGAGGGCAGGACCAACACCUGCCACAGAGGUUAUAUUUUAUGAUGCUCUUAUUCUGUGUACCUAACUUGUUGGAAAAUAUGAAAUAUGAUUUGACUUAGUAUAUUCAAAUCUGCAUAAUAAGCCGUAAUCUAAUAGGACUAUACUAUAUUAAGUUGUAUAGAAGCAAGCAUGUUGGAGUAGAUCUUUUGGGUGUGUGUGUGUGUGUGUGUGUUUAGCUUUUUAUUUCUUAGCCUUCUAAAGAAUUAUCUCAGAUAUACGGAUUUAAUAUGGGUGCUUCUUGCAGUUUCUUCCAUCUAUCCCAACUUAACCAGUACGUAUGGAGGUUAAAUAUCUGGUUGAGCUUUAAGGAAUCAUUUAUCUCCUUUAUGCAGUUUUUACUAAAUGCCAGUUUUCAGUUGCUCGUAAUAGCUUAUAUUUUCCAUUUCCCCCCCCUCCCCCCCCCAUGGCAUAAAAAUAAGUGAUUUCUGAGAGUGGGAUGGAGAUAUUCCCAAUCCUGACAAUAGAGCAUUUUACAAAUUCCUACAAAGAAAAUAUAGGCAAAUAGGAUAAAAUUUAUUUUUCUGGAGAAGAAAUGUGGCCAUUUUAUAGAUUUUUCUUUUUUUUUGCUCAGCAAAGUAGUGGGACUUUCCCUUCUGUAUUAAGUAUCACAUGAAGAGCUAAGAAAAAAAUCUAUACCAUCGUCUUUCAUGGUUGCAUUCAAAUGUGUAGUUUCAGAGAGAAAUAUUUCUUACUUUAUCUUCAUUCCAAUAUUUCAUGGAAUAAAUAUGAAAUAGCUUAUGAAUUAGCCUUUUUGGUCCAAGUGACUGGACCAAAGUCUGGGUCUUAUCUGGGUGUCAGGAAGAAGAAUUAUUAUGGAAAUACUAAAUGUCUAUAAAUGGCCUACUUAAACUCUUCUACACUAGGCCAAAACUAGUUAGGAGAUGGGUACAGUCAGUUAUUUGAUUGAUCGUUGGAUCUCAAGAUGUCAAAAAUUUGGGUUUGACUAAUUCUCCCACCUUCCCCACACAAUAUAUUACUGUGAUGUUUUAGUUUUCUGUAGACACUGUUUUAGUGUUACAGUACACAUGUUUUUUGUUUUGGUUUAAGAAGUAAAAGUUAUAAUUUCUUUUUCCAGCUACAUCAUCAUCUGAGUUCUUUUGUUUUCUUUGCAUUUUUCACAGCUCUGAGUAUUUUUAAUUACCUUACUUUUUUUCUUUAGCUAUAAAAAUUAGAAUAAAACAAUUUAUUCUUAUGAAUUAAAAUUGUGGCCAGUGUCCACCCUGUGUACUUAGGCCGGUAAAUACUAAUUUUAAGUAGCCAGUAUGUGGAAUUUUUAAGUGAAGGUACUGUGGAUUUGUUUUUGGCAGUUUUAGCUCAUUACUUGGCUAAGUUAAAAAAAACUUCCAGUAAGGUAAUAUAACCACUAAAACAGAAUACAUGUAUCUUUUUCUGAGUUGGUAGAAAUUCAGCCACUCAUCCAGUGACUUUCCUAGUCAAACCUCUUGUAAAGGUCCUUGCUGUGAUGCGUCCCUUUAUCUCAAGGAAAUGCCUGAACUUGGAGGUGACUGCAGCCCAUAUCUGGACUCCACUGUAAUAGACAACAUUUCGUCUUUCCCUCAGUCUCAUUUAUAAACAGUACUACCUACAGACACUGCAACUUAGACAGGAAAACAGCAGUAGUGGCAUUUAGCUAGUUAUAAGGAAAUAGAAAUAGAUAAAACAAUUAUGAUUUAAUAUAUGCAAUUUUAAUUGUAGUAGUAGAUAAUUUUCCUGUAUUGAUUCAAAUAAGUGACUUCUGUUCACUUAGUAUCCACUGUACUGUAAUUCAUGAUGUCACAUCAUAAUAUGCUCUCCAGUAUUGAUUAAUGAUGUAAACAGUACAAACCUGACAAUUUAUAAUAGUUCAGUAUCCUAGAAAUCCAUUGAACUUCACAAGCAGUUAAUUUUUAAAGCAAACAAAAUUGAGAAUUCUGACCAAAAUCAUCUUAUAAACUCAGAGAGAAAACAAGCCCAUCUUUAUCACUACUUAAACACUUAGCUAGAAUACUGUUCUAUUUUUUAAUAAUCCUAAUUAUUACCUUUUUAAUGAACUCUAUUCAUAUGAGAUCAGCAGGUGUUUCUCAAACAUCUACUAUGUGCCCAACACUACUUAGUAUUGUGGGGGAAUAUAAAGUUGAAGUUGUGGUCUCUGCCCUCGAAGGUAUCUUCUCCAGGACAUAAGCAGUAUUAUUUUCACUUCUAAGCACACUAAAGCAAAAGAGGACCCAUUCAUUGGAAAAAAAAAAAAGGCAUAACUUUAUUAGUUUCAACUGAGAUAUACUAUACAACUAUAGAAAUGGAAGUAUAAAACAUUUUUAAUUUUUAAACUUUAAAAAAUAUUUCAAAAGCUAAUAAUUUCAUGUUGGUAAUAGAGAGGCAUGGUGUAGCAUGGAAGGGAGCAGAAGACCUGGGUUUUUGUCCAAGUUUUGCCAUUUAUAUAUCAGCUAUGUGACCCUGAAUAAGUCACUUAUUCCCUCUGAGCCUUAGUUUUCUCAUUUGUAAGUGUGGAUAAAAAUGCAGUAAAGAAAAGUAUUCUUUAAUCUAUUGACACUUCAUACUUGCAGAGACCUUAUCGUUAUUUAAUUUACAACUAGUAAUUAAUGAAUGCACAUUUAUAUGCAUUUUUAAAUGAAAACUGCUGUUACUCAUAAAAUUUAAUUCAUAUUAAAUAUAUGCCCAGAGCAUGCUACCUAAAAUAUCUGAAGAAUCUCUAACAAGGUGCUGAAUUAAAAUCAAAAUCAGUGGUUGAAGUGAAAGAAGAAGAAGUGAGAUAGUUUAUGGAUAAGAGUAGAAUGUUUAUCCUCGAGUAACCAUUAAGACAAUUUCAAGUAAUUGGAAGAUGGACUUCGGUUUUUCUCAAGAGGAGUUAGGACAGUAAUGCUCCACAGAUUCUGCAUACUCUUCAGGCACUAGAUAAAAGGAAAAUAAGUCAUGGAAUUAAAAUGAUUUACCAACUACCCAUGGAACUAGGGGGAAAAAAUAAGGUGGUUAGAGAGCUGAAAGUCAACAAAGACAGCUCAGGGUUGGCUAACAACGCUUGUUGGGUAGAGAGAGAACCCACUGGUAAUGGAAGAGCAGAGGCUCAACUGGACAUCUUCAAAAGAAAAGAUUUUUUCUGUGGUGAUAAGACUACUCCCCAAGGAGUCGAUGAGUGAGUGUAUGGCCCAGUACACUACUGCCGGAAGUAACUAUUGCAGUGUAUAGGCAUUUUAUGAUUUCCUAUUAAGAGAUGAGGGCUUCAUAAUGUAAAUCUGAAAUUUUUUAAAAAAUUCAUUUUUCUCAUUAAAUGUUAAGCUAAUUGCUCCCUCCAAAAAGAGAAGCUGAAGAUCACCAGUCAUUUUCAUAUGCCUUAGACCUUCAUCUAAAGCAAUCUUGAGCCUCAGAUCUUUAGCUUAGGAAAAGAGUGUCACCAGUAAGUAAGGGAGACAAAUGAAACCCAGAUAGGGCAGUGACUGGGCCUGGGUCACAGUGGAUCCUAGACCUCUGGUACUCGCUUCCUAACACAGCCCCUGUUCUGUGAUUCGGCAGCCUCUGCUCUUCCUGUGGUGGCUGAUAUGCUUCCUAGAAGCCAGCUGGAAAGAAGGGGAAGAAGGGAGAUACUCACUACAUUGCUGUUGGAUGUAAUGUAAUUUAAUAUGUAGCCUUACUAAAAGUCCUUCCCUUAUUUUAAUUUGUUUUUCAGUGAACAUUGUGCCAUAACUCAAAUAUUUGAUAUCCCUUACAUAAACAAAUUUUUAAAAUUAUGGUCAUUAAGAAGCAAAUGCCUGUUUCCAAAGCAAUUAGCUUAUUGUGAUUGAUUGUGGUUUUACUGUUUUGUAGUAUUUUUUUUUUCUUUAAUGGGUAGGGGAAAAUAAUACUCAUUUACCUGCGUUCUACCCCUUAAAGUCUCCCUCUCACCUUUAGUGCCCUUUCUAAUGUCCUAAAGCUUUGUCUUAACAAAUGCAACAUUAGACUUUUUUGUUAAAACCUUUUUGAAACUAUUCAGUGAUUCUUCCAAGUUUAUCCACUCUGCACUAUUUCACUAAUAAACCCUGGCUACCACGUAGCCCUUGACCUCCAAGUAGUUUACCUAUGCAAGACCUGUGACAUUCUGAACUCACUUUUCUUUAUUUCAGAAAGCAGUCCUAAAUGGAACUUAAUCACAAAGAUAAGCCUUGCCUCCACCCAGUUUUAUUUUGGCCGUUUCCUUUUCAAAAUGUCAGCUGUUUUCCCUCAAGAUUUUUCACCAAAACAAUGAUCAUAAGUGCUGGAAUAUAUAAUAUUUUGCAGGAAUAAAAUAACCCAGACAUACUCUCAUAUCUCUCUGGUAGCUUUUGUUUGGUACCAAUUUACCAGCAUUAAGUGUAAUAUGUGAGUUGAUUCCUCGCCUAGAAUCAUUUCUUCCCUUUAAGAUUCAUAAGUAGCCUUUUAUUUUUACAAAGCAUACAUAUAACUUCCACAUUAUAGUCAGGGACCUACGGUGUAACUUUCUAAGUGAACCCCAAGGUUAUUUUAUCUUGCAAAAGAAACCUAAACCAAACUAAGGGCCUUACAUUUAUGGUUAGACUGAAUCAAAAGCUAUAACCUCAGUUUUUCCAAAAACAGCUUCUGACUGCGAAAGCAAGUCAUGCGGUUGUUACCAGGUAUGAAAUAGCACUGACCAGGAAAUGCACACGCAUCUUUGCAGGCUGUGUUUCCUUCCGAAAAGACUUUUCUACUUUUAAUAUAAAUUAAGCCAUAACAGUUUCAUGCUGUGGAAAGAGGGUGAAAAGGUUCAUUUUAAGAGAUUAUAUAAUAUGAAUGUUCACCUUUACUGUGAAAGGUCUAACUUUGCCAGUGCUUCAGCAGGUUUGAUUUGGUGGGGCGGGGAAAGAGGGUGGUGAUGGGAGGGGUAGUAUUGGUUUUAGGAGUUUUAAAUCUGUGAAAUUUGAAAAGGGGACAGUUGUUGGCUAUGGUAUUUACUAGUUUUGUAGUAAUGUUUUGCUAGCCUGACUGACUUUCCUUAACUGAUUUUUACGCCCAUGGUCCAAGGCAACUGUUACCCUUUCUUGUUUGGGGUGUCUGCGGAGUAGUGUCUUGUCUGUUUGUAUAGGCAGUCAGUGUGUGUGCACAUGUGUGUCCUUUGAAUACAGAAGCACACUGUGUGACAACGGAGUGGGGUGUGGCUGGGAAGUGGGAUGCUGAAGCUUUAAGAGCAUUUUUUUCCGAUUCAUAGCAGUAUUUCCCAUCUUUUGCCUGCAGGCAGGGAAAGUGUACAGUAUUUAUUUCAUUUCUGUUUUAAAUUUGUAAGUCUUUAAGUAGCUUACAUUGGUUAUUAUAGGGGAGGACAAGUGACUUGUUUAAAGUUGUAUUUGGUAUUCUUACUUUCCAAUUUCUGUAUUUUAAAAUAUUAAAAUUAAAAUUGUAUUACUUCUGUUUUGA